AUGGCGGCGGCGGGAGGCUCGGCUCGCUCGCUCACUCGCUCGCUCGCUCGGCGCUCGGCCCGUCGGCGUCGGCGCCCGCGCCCGCUGCGGCCUCCACAGGAAGUGCCCGGCCGCCGGCCCCGCUCCGCGUCCGCAGCUCCAGCGGCUGCCACCCCCGCCCCCGCACUCUGGCUCACCUCGUUUCCGGGCCCCGCCCCCGCGCUCUUGGCCUCGCUCUCGGCGCCUUCGGCCCCUCUGGUCUCACUAGAGACCGCGCCAGGCAACAUGCAGGACAAGUUCCUGCGUGCAGAGUCUGGAAUUAGUCCUGAGCACUACCAGGUUCUGCAGCAGCUGCCUCCGGGGGCCUUGGGGGUGAACCUGGUGGUGCAGGAGCGAGGAACCCGGGAGAAGUUCCUAAUCAAGCAGGUGCAGUGCAUGGAUGAGCACCACGCCAGCCAGGCCCUGGAGGAGCUGAUGCCCCUGCUGAAGCUCCAUCAUGCACACGUGUCCCCGUACCGGGAACUCUUCAUCGUCUGGGACAGCAAGAUCUCGGCUCUCUUUCUCUGCCUGGUGACUCACUGGAGCGCUGAGACCUUCCAGACGGUCAUUGACAGGCAGCGGGACAGCAGGACCAUCCUCGAGGCUAAGUGGCUGCAGGAAAUGCUGGGCCAGGUGCUGAACGGGCUGGAGUACCUGCACCAAGCAGGCAUCAUCCACAGGAACCUCAAGCCGUCCAACAUCGCCCUUGUGAGCAGCCACCGCUGCAGACUGCAGGACCUCAGCUCCCAGGCCCUGAUGACCGACAAGGCCAAGUGGACCCUGCGUGCUGACGAAGACCCCCUGAAUCGCUCCUGGAUGGCCCCGGAAGCGCUCAACUUCUCCUUCACCCACAAAUCCGACAUCUGGUCGCUGGGCUGCAUCAUCCUGGACCUGGUCAGCUGCUCCUUCCUCGGGAAGGAAGAAGCGCUCCAGCUGCGGAAAGCCAUCCGGAACCUUCCAGAAAGCCUGGAAGGUGCCCUGAUGGCCAUACAGGAGAGGGCCAUCCCUGAUGCCCGGACCUUCUGCACCCUCCUGCCCCUGAUGCUGGAGAUCAACCCUGCGGAUCGCAUAGACAUACGGGAGGUGAUCCAUGUCGCCUUUGUGAGCGGACACUUUCACUCGUCCACCAUCACGUCGACAUCCCGCCAGCCGCUGCCCAGCUCCACCAUGGACACGCUCUUGCUGGGCAACAUGGCCAGUAUCCUGGAACUCAUGCAGAACUUCCCAGGCCAGCCGGAUAUCCAGCUCAGGGCCCUGAAGACGCUGCUGGCACUGCCAGAAGAUGCACUGGGUGUCCUGUGGCCCACAGUGGUGGUGGACAUGGUGGCCAGAGUCCUGAAGGAGCACGAGCACGUCCCGGACAUCCAGCUGUGUGGCUGCUCCCUGCUGCUGCACCUGCUGGGCCACGGGCUGGUGCAGGACCCAGCAGCGCCCGUGCCCGGCAGCGGCUUCCUGGUCUCUGUGCUAAUGAGCCUCAUGCAGCACCACCACGAGAUGCCGCUCCUGAAGCAGCUCUACGACGUCCUCACCAUCAUGGCCAGCGAUGUGGUCCCAAAGGGCAGAGGUUCCCUGGAGCGGGCUGUGGGCCUCGUGACCAAGGCGCAGACUGCCUUCCCGGAGGACCUGGACAUAGCGGAGAGCAGCUGUGCCCUCCUCUGGCUGCUGGCCAUGCAGGGCUGCAUCAAGGAGCCAGAGCAGCUGACGAGCCUGUUCCUGCACUGCAUCCGGCUGGGCCAGGACCGGGCGCUGCUGGUCACUAACGCCUACCGUGGGCUGGCCUGCCUGGCCAAAGAGUCGGAACUGACGGCCCUAAGGCUGCUGCACGAUGGGGGCCUGAGCCUCCUCCGAGAGACCUACGCGCACAGCAUGGAGGACCCGGCCGUGGUGGAGACACUGUGCCUGCUGCUGUCGCACCUCGCGACCCACAAGGAGGUCGCCCCGGAGCUGGCGAGCAGUGGCCUGACGCCCCUGGUGCAGGAGGUUAAGGAGCGCUUCACCUCCAGCCUGGAGCUGGUGGCCAUGGCAGAGGAAGUGCUCCAGAGGCUGGCUGAGACCCAGGCCCCCCACCCCGAGCACCCCUGCGGGCUCUCCCCACAGGAUGGCGACGCCCCUGGGCCCCCGAGCCAGCGUAGCAGCACCCAAGCGGCAGAGUAA